CUCGCGGGCUCCGAGCGCGCGCCCCGCCCCCCCACAGGGCGAGUAUCGACUCAUCGAGCGGGGCCGCGCGCGCCGCCCCAACAGCCGGCCAGGCGGAGGCGGCCGCCCGAGGAGGAGGAGGAGGAGGAGAAGGAGGCCGCCGGAGGAGGACGGGGAGAGGAGGGCGGCGCCGCGGGGCCUCAUGAAGCUCCGCGUGCGCCUCGGGCGGCGGACGGGGCCGCUGGAGCUGCGAGGCGCCGAGCCCACGCUGGGGGACCUGCGCGCGCACCUCGCCCACACCCUCCUGCCCGGCUGGGGCUACAGCCCUGAUACCCGUUUUUCAAUAACACUGAACAAGAAAGAUGCCCUCACUGAAGAUAACGAGACCUUGGCUUCAUACGGAAUUGUCUGCGGGGACCUGAUAUGUGUAGUCCUCGAAGAUGCCAGCCUCCCUUCACCCACAGAUUCAGCUCUUUCCGGACUUCAGGAUAGGAGCGAGUCUCCCUCCUUGACCGCCAGCAGGCUCGAGAAUCCGUCUCCGGCACAUUCAGCCCAAGAUGAUGUCCAGAAUGACGACUUUACGGCAGGAACUAGUUUAGAGUUUGAUCCUGGAUUAACUCAGCAUGACAUGGACCUGGAAGAGACUGCAGGAAGUUAUUUCUUUGAACCAAUGCUGUGCAGUGAAGCUGUGGAUGGGCAGGUGCCUCAUUCCCUGGAGACGUUAUAUCAUUCAGCCGAAUGCACCGGUACCAACGAUGCCUUGAUUGUCCUGGUUCAUCUUCUCAUGCUGGAGUCCGGCUAUCUGCCCCUGGGGACUGAAGCAAAGGCAGGGUCCAUGCCGGAGAAAUGGCGAUCGGGUGGCGUUUACAAAUUGCAGUACACACAUCCCCUCUGCGAAGAUGGCUGUGCCGCCCUAAUUUGCGUGCCUUUGGGGAACCUGAUCGUUAUAAACGCCACAUUGAAAAUCAACAAUGAGAUAAGAAGCGUUAAAAGACUGCAGCUGCUGCCAGAAUCUUUUAUUUGCAACCAGGAGCAAGAGGAAAAUGUAGCCAGGGUAUACAAGGAUCUUCAGAAGCUGUCCCGCCUCUUUAAAGACCAACUAGUUUAUCCUCUCUUGGCUUUUGCCCGACAAGCCCUGAACCUCCCUGAUGUUUUUGGCUUGGUGGUACUCCCUCUGGAACUGAAACUCCGGAUUUUCCGCCUGCUGGACGUCCGUUCUGUCCUUUCUCUGUCCGCUGUCUGCCGAGACCUCUUAACGGCUUCCAAUGACCAGCUCUUGUGGAGGUUUAUGUAUCUUCGGGACUUUAGAGAUUCUACUUCCAGGUCUCGAGACACAGAUUGGAAAGAACUCUACCGGCGGAAGCAGAAGCAGAGGAAGGAUGCCCUGAGGUGGAGACACACCAUGUUCCUGCCAACACAGCCCCACCCCAUCCCCUUCCACCCCAACCCCUUCUACCCGAGUCCGUUCCCACCCAACCCCUUCUCUCCCAAUCCUUUGUAUCCCCCAGGGGUCAUUGGUGGAGAAUAUGAUGAAAGACCUUCACUCCCUUAUGUUGGGGACCCAAUCAAUUCCCUCAUCCCUAAUCCCGGGGAGACCCGUGGCCAUUUCCCUCCAUUCCGACCACGUUUCGAUCCGAUUGGCCCGCUUCCGGGACCCAGUCCGGGGCUGCCGGGACGAAGUGGCCCCAAUGACAGGUUUCCCCCCAGACCCGGCCGAGGGCGACCCACCGACAUCCGCCUCUCAUUUAUGUGACCGAUUUCCCCGCCUCUCCCCCUCUCCUCCGCCCGCGCGCGCCCCCCCCACCCCCCCCCCAGAUCAGUUUUCCAUUCGUGCGUGCUUUGGUUUUGUUUUCUUUCUAAAGCAGGAAGCAAUAUCCUUGGGGCAUCGACUCCAGGUGUUUUAUUUUGAUUGCGGUGUUGAAGCGUGCUCGCUCAAGGGUCCCCUUGAGCACAGAGACAAAGUGCAGCGAAAACUCUGGGUGGGAGGGUCACGGGGAGUUGCCUAAAACUGAAGGCGGCUUCAGAAGAGCUUCACUGGGCAUAACAGGCCACUGACUUUCUCCCUCAUCGUCGUCUUCGAACAGGAUGAGGAAGGGUGUCUAUUUGAUGCAGCACAUCUUCCGCUCAAGAACUUAUGAGGGCAAACAACAGGCCGGCUGUGACUUAUUACCGAAAAGCGCGUAAUAAAUCCUCAGGAUAACCUCA